AAAAGUGGAUCCCACUCGUUUGCUUGUGCUACCCUCCUCUUUCUACACAACCUUAAGCCAAGCCCACCUCGUUCAAUUUUCCUGCGUUUUCACCAUUCUACUCCGUCACUCUACCCUUUAAGAUGGAAGACGGUGAAGACUACGAGAUUAAGGACAUACAGUUUGGCUUCCGACGUUUUCGAGCGCCUGCAAAACGAAUCUACGCGAAUCGAAAUGUCUUUCUCUUAGAUAUCCCGCCGAAUCCAAUUGCUUGCUGGCUAUUAUUCUGGAUGCCGCAGCUCGCCAGCUUCUGGCUACAGCGAUUGCUGCCAAAGUGGUUCUUGCCGACAACUGUCAUUCUAAAGGAGCGAAACCCCAACAAAGCUGAUAACUACGAAAACGAAAUCGACACAUACUUGCAUCUUCAACCGCUCCAGGGCAACCACAUCCCGUUUUUAUUCGGUGAAGUAGCCGUCAGCUACGCGAAGAGGAUGUACCAGAUCAGCCAGCGGCCCACUCCUGCCAUCCUCCUGGAAUACAUCAAAGGAGUGUCGCUAAGCAAUCUUCCAACUGAAGAGCUAGAGAGUCCUCACCUUCUCGAAGAACUCGAGGACAUGUAUAACCUGCUUACGAAAAACGGGGUUGUUCAUGGGGAUCCAAGGCUCCAUAACUUUUUACGUGUCAAUAACAGGAUCGUUCCUAUUGACUUUGAGUUUUCCUACCCUCUUCCCAAUGAUAUAACGAAUGAGGAUGAAUUGGAAACCUUAAAGGGCGAGAUUGAGAAACUGGUAAGGGAGGCAAAGGGGGUAAAAAUGGAACAUCUAGUCUCAGGCCCUGUCAUUGUGAAUGGUUUACGGGUGCGAAAGCCUUCCGGCACGACGACCCAUAACUAGCAGAGGGGUGACGAGGGGCCUGGGAGCUCAGCUACCUAGGGUGUUUUCUCGGCACGGGCAUGUUGGGCCACGGUCGGGAAUGACACGCCCUGAUGGUGGCUGAGGUGGAGAGGUGGUGCGGUGAGAAAGAGGGGGAGGAAAUGGAGGUUAGUGGAAGGUGAGACGUGGGGGUUUACACUCGGGAACGAUGGACGGGCACUGACGGGGUAGGAGGGGU